AUGAUACGCUUAUACAUUCUUCUUUGCCUCCUACCAUGCCUCCUCCUAACCACCCCGUUUACCCAUGCCGCCCUUUUGCCUCGUCUCAAAGCCUCAUUCAAACUUCCAGGUGCGAUCUUCACUGAGCCUGUGGCUAGAUCUUUGGAAGUAGUGCCCUUCAAAAAACACCCUCAGCAACUUCAUCAUGGCCAUGGACUUCACCACACCCUCAGUCUUGUCAAGAGACUGGUUGAAGAUCAAGGCGACAUGGUUGAAGUCACCGAGGGGUCUCUUCAGGAACUACUGGAUCAGAUCAACAGGCUCAAGGAACAAGUCAACGGCAUGAUGCCGUCCGGUACAUCGGAUCGACAACCUUCUGGUGAAUCAGGUGCUUCCUCUGGGGAACAGCCUGGUCAGUUGCCUGCAGGUUCUCCUGAUGGGUCUUCUGGAAGCAACCAGCCAGAACAGCUAUCUCCCCCGUCUGUCCAGACUGAUGUUCCUAGGCUGGACGGUCCUCCUGGCCCACCAGACGUUCCUGUGAUCACAGAUCCCUCCCAGCCUUCAAAGGCAGAUGCAGCGGCAACUGUUGUCGAGCCUCAAGUUCCGGGUGCUUCGGGUCAAAUAGACGCACCUGGACAGUUGCAGACAGAAGAAGCUGAUAGGCAAGAAAACAUAGCGUUGGCGGCGCCAGCUGCAACCCCCACUCGAGGAGCAAACGAUGGAUCUGCUAAUCUACCUAGCGAGGCUCAACCCGAAGGGUCACCAGGCGAUAGAGCCACCGGAAUCUUGGUCGAGUCUGCAAAUGCCCCUGGACCCGGUGGUGCCCUCCAAUCUGGUGAUCUGCCUAACAAUGCUGCUGCUCAACCAGCAAGCGAAGUCCAGGCUCCAGCUGAGACACAACUCGGUGCAGCGCAAGAAGCUGAGCCUACCAAGGAACCACAGGACGAAGAUGCCACUUCUCGAUCUGAAGUACAGAAUGCCGAGGAAACUAGUGCUGCACCUGGAGGUGCGUUCAUUGAGAGUCCUGAUGACUCCUUUGGGGCUCUUUCAGAUGCCACUUCCGCGAGACAGACUGGUAGCUCGGCAACCAAGGGAACCCAAACCCCUUCACAAGCUAGCAACGAUGAAUGCGUUGAAGAGGACGAAGUAAGUGGUACACCCAUCAUGCGUCGAAUUCCUAACUGCACACCAGGUAGUAGUAGCCCAUCCGCAAGCGAGUCAGUACAAGAGAGUCUGAUAACUCUGACUCUUGUCCCUACUCCCGCGGCAACAGGAGCAGAGAAAGCGGCCCCCGCCUUGGAAACAGAGGCCACAUCGACGCCGACUAUCAAGGCGGAGGACUCGCAGAAGCUCGCAGCUCCGACAAUCAUCUCGAGUCCUCCCGCCGUGGUCAAACCUGAACCUUCAGAUGUCGUGCAGCUUUCAGUAUCAGGCUUGUCUCUGAGCUUGAGAACUGUGGUCUUCACGUCAUUCAUCACAAGGUCGUCGACUAUAGAGGUGACCACCACGCACACCGAGUUCGUGAACGCCAACCAGCCCACUCUAUCUCUGAAGGCGCCCGGUCAUGUCUUUAAGGAGGAUGCAGACUCAACUUUCAACAAGGACGGAAAGCUUGCCAUACAGGAUAGCGAUGAGGAAGAAAUCACACAAGAAACACCUCGAGGGACGCCUCUCGCUAUAGAACCUACGCCCAACAAGGCUACCGACAGAGCUACAGUUACCAGUAGCUGGAGGCCAACCACGACCAUCAGUUUGAGCAGGGCCACUGUUUUAACAACACCCGAACCUGCGCAAGAGUCAUCGCCUCGCUCUCCAGUCUCAUUUGACAGCGGAUUCAAAACGAUGCCAAGGUCAACAGCGAGUUUGGCGGAGAGAGCGCAGGAGUGA